AUGGAACAGCCAACUUCAAGCACCAGCGGGGAGAAGAUGAAGAGCCCCUGUGAAUCCAACAAAAAAAAUGAUGAGAUGCAGGAGGCACCAAACAGACUCUUAGCCCCCAAACAGAGCUUUCAAAAGGCAAAAACAGUAGAAUAUCUAACAAUAAUAGUGUAUUACUACAGGAAGGGUAAGAAAAUAAAUUCAAAUCAACUGGAGAAUGACCAGUCCCAAGAGAACUCCAUCAAUCCAGUCCAAGAGGAAGAGGACGAAGACCUAGACUCAUCUGAAUUAUCUUCACAGGAGGACGAAGACCUAUACUCAUCUGAAAUAUCUUCACAGGAGGAUGAAGACCUAUACUCAUCUGAAGGAUCUUUACAGGAGUAUGAAGAACUAUACUCAUUUGAAGUAUCUUUACAAGAGGACGAAGACCUAUUCUCAUCUGAAAUAUCUUCACAGGAGGAUGAAGACCCAGUCUUAUCUGAAGGAUCUUCACAGGAGAGUGAGGAGGACUAG